AUUUUUAUUCAUUUGGUAACGUCAUUCAUACCUGUUUCGACGUUCCAAAAUAAUAAAAAAAAUUGCACAGUUAACGUUUCCGAAUCGUUUCGGCCGACCGGUAGUUCGGUAUUAAGUGUAUAGUGGUUAAAAGUGAUUUAAAUAUUUUUAAAUUAUGUUUCGUAAUCUUACUAAAGUUGUAAAGUUUCAACAAGCUCAAUUUGCGACCGCUACUGCGCCAGCGCCGCAUAUCAGCCCCGAUAUUUUAUACACUGGCUUAUUCAUAAACAAUGAGUGGGUGAAAUCGGCAGAUGGCAAGACCUUUCAAACAAUAAAUCCGGCGAACGAGCAAGUGAUUGCGGAGGUGCAGCAGGCUGGCAAGACAGAUGUUGAUAAUGCAGUUCAGGCGGCCAAGGAGGCUUUUAAAAUGGAUUCCCCUUGGAGGACCAUGGAUGCGUCUCAGCGAGGCUACCUCAUCAACAAGUUGGCGGACCUGGUCGAAAGAGACAGAACAUAUUUAGCAAGUCUAGAAACCCUAGACAAUGGUAAGCCCUAUCUGGCGGCUUACUAUGGCGACGUUAAUGCUGUUAUCAAAAACCUACGAUACUACGCUGGUUGGGCUGACAAGAAUCAUGGUAAAGUGCUGCCCACAGAUGGAAAGUACUUUGCCUAUACUCGCCAUGAGCCCGUUGGUGUAUGUGGACAAAUUAUCCCAUGGAACUUCCCACUUCUGAUGGCAUCCUGGAAGCUGGGACCAGCGUUGGCAACUGGCAACACUCUGGUGCUGAAGCCGGCGGAACAGACUCCGCUCACCGCUCUCUAUUUGGCGCAGUUGGUUAAGGAAGCUGGUUUCCCACCAGGCGUAGUUAAUGUGUUGCCGGGCUUCGGCGACGCGGGCGCGGCUUUAGUCGAUCAUCCCGAUGUGGACAAAAUAGCUUUCACCGGCUCCACGGAAGUGGGCAAGCUGAUCCAGCGCGGCGCCGCCGGCAGCGUGAAGCGGAUCACGCUGGAGCUGGGCGGCAAGUCGCCCAACGUGGUGCUGGCCGACUGCGACCUGCCGCACGCCGUCGAGCAGGCGCACAUGGCGCUGUUCUACAACAUGGGCCAGUGCUGCUGCGCCGGUUCCAGAACAUUCGUAGAAGACAAAAUCUACGACGAGUUCGUAGAGAUGUCCGCGGAGAGGGCGAAGCGCCGUGUGGUGGGGGAUCCCUUCGACCCCAAAACUGAACAGGGGCCGCAGAUAGACGGCGAGCAGCACGCCAAGAUCCUGAGCCUGAUAGAGAGCGGCAAGCGGCAGGGCGCCGCGCUGCGGGCGGGGGGCGCCGCCCCCGCGCCCUCGCGCGGCUACUUCGUGCAGCCCACCGUCUUCAGUGACGUCACCGACGACAUGGACAUCGCCAAAGUGGAGAUCUUCGGCCCAGUACAGCAGAUCAUGAAGUUUUCGAGCUUGGAUGAAUUGCUCGCUCGCGCAAACAACACCGAAUAUGGUUUAGCCGCCGCAGUGUUCACCAAAGAUUUGGACAAGGCCAACUAUCUUAUACAGGGACUGCGCGCAGGCACGGUUUGGGUGAACGAUUAUAACGUGUUCGGUAACCAGGUGCCGUUCGGCGGCUACAAGCAGAGCGGGCUCGGACGGGAAAAUGGACCUUAUGGCUUACAGAAUUAUACCGAAGUUAAAGCGGUUGUCGUUAAAAUGACGCACAAGAACUCGUAAUUUGGGAUUUUAUCUAAAAAAGCGAUAUCAAAACGGAUUUGUUUUAUCAGCCCAUAUGUAUCGACGUGUAUGUAUAUGAAAAUAAAUAUAAAAAAACUAUGUAUAGAAAAAAGCAACCGAACAUGAAAUAAUAAUAGAUAGUUACAGUUCUUGUAUAUAAUAUAUAUUUUAUCCUUACAAAUAUCUUAAUCUACGCACACUAGUCAUAAUACAAUUUAAGAAGAAGUAAAAAAUAAGAGAAUUUUCGUAGAAGGUUGUUAAAAGCAUUUACUUGUAAAUAAACUUUACAUUUUAUGUAUAAUAGUGAUUGUUUAUUACAAUAUAUUAUUUUUUAUUA